GUGGCGCAAAGCACAAGGACCGGCAUAAGGAUUCCCGGUUCGAACCCCGGCUCCCCACCUGCAGGGGAGUCGCUUCACAGGCAGUGAAGCAGGUCUGCAGGUGUCUAUCUUUCUCUCCUCCUCUCUGUCUUCCCCUCCUCUCUCCAUUUCUCUCUGUCCUAUCCAACAAUAAUAACUACAACAAUAAAACAACAAGGGCAACAAAAGGGAAUAAAUAAAUAAAGUAAAUAUUUAAAAAAAAAAAAAGAGUGUCAAUAUAGACAUAUUGGAGAGCAAUUCAGCCUAACACAUUAGAACUGUGCAGAUUUAUAAGUCAUGAUACAUUGAUCCAUAUAAAAGAUGAAAGAAAGCACUCGGGCGGGGAGACAGCAUAAUGGUUAUGCAAACAGACUCUCAUGCCUGAGGCUCCUAAGUCCCAGGUUCAAUCCCCCCCGCACCACUAUAAGCCUGAGCUGAGCCGUGCUCUGGUGUUUCUCUCUCUCUGCAUCUCUCUCAAAAAAAAAAAAAAAAAAAAAACCGAAAGAAAGCACUCAAUGUACACCUCAGAGCCUUAGAUAUUAAAGACAUGACACUGCGUUAUUUCCAAGAAUUAGGUGGUGGUCAUGGGGGGUAGUAAAGCAGAACAAUACUGAGGCAUGGGGGAAAUCGAUGUUUAUAGAAGUCACUUAGCCAGUGCUCCUCAAAAUCUAGAAAUUCAGGAAGGAUGUGUCAGUUCUGUCACAGUUAUUGAAGUGUAUGUCAUAAUAGGUUGCCAAGGAAGUUGUCAUACAUGUGUAGUGAAGGACCUCCCUGUCAUCUUCCUCCCUUUGAGCAUGUUUGAUUGUUUUCAAAGCAAGAACCUAUCAUGGGAGACCUCUUGUCCUUAUUUUGGGAGGUGGAUCCUCCUCCUAUGCCUUUAACUUUUCCUAUUCCAAAUCAGGACUAUGAAUGCCAGAAGGAUGACUCUUGUGGCACAAUAGGGAACUUCCUGCUUUGGUAUUUUGUCAUUAUAUUGGUCCUGAUGCUCUUAUCUCGGGCUACUGUCUGGAUAUCUGAGAAAAAGGAUGACGACAGUGGGACAAGCACUUCAGUAAGUAAAGCCAGCAAAGACUCUUCUUGUAAGCGACCAAACAAGUCCAGUGCCUGGAACUUUUUGCAAAUCAUGAGAAAAGAAAAGCUAGGCCAUCUGACUCCUGUCACUGAGUCAGAAGUGGCAUUAGUCAGUGCCUAUCUUCAGCAGAAACGAGCCCGGCGCCAUUUUCAGUUCAACCAGGUGAAUCCACCACAACAUGACAGCGACACCACUGAGUGUGACAGUGAAGAAUCCAACUCAGGAGCCUCCUCGUGGAAGGAGAGUGAAAGUGAACACCUCCCAUCACCAGCCAGUAUUAAGAGAAAAGCAGCACAGAUGCAGAGGAAUCUGGGAAAUUACCAGGUCAAAGAAAGGCCUUGUCUCCAUUGCAAAGCCAUGAGAACCAAUGAAUGGUUGACACGCCAUUUCCUUCAAACCACUUCAGCCACAACCCCAAUGAAAGGAGGCAUUCAGGAGGAACAUUCUGCACUUGGUAGCCACACAAAAUUCAGCAAAUAUUGAAUUUUAUCAAGUCCUUACCUUGUUUGAAGCCAAAUGAAAGAGAUAAAGAAAACACACACACACACACAAACUCCCUCUCUCUCUGUCUCUCUCUCUAUCUGUCUGUCUCUCUCUCUCUCAUCAGAACUCCAGGUGAGAAGGCUUCGACAAGAAAGUCUCUCUCCAAACAAUCAAAACAUACUUGGAACCCAAGAGGUUAAAUUUCAGAUAAUCCUUUGUCCAAAAAACGGACAAGUGAAUUUAUUUAUGUCACCAUUGGAAUAUCAACUAUCUGCACCCACUAUAAUUUCUUAAUUCAAAAGAGCACAAGACAGAUACUUUAUGCUUUGAGUGUAUGCAUUUUGUUUGUGUCUGUAACACAAAUAAAGGCACUCCUUAAAUAUA